CUGUAAAGCAACGACCCCCCCCCCCCCGCCUUAAACUCAAUCCAACAGUGAGGACCUGGAGAAUGCAGAGUGUCCUGCAAGCCUGCAUUGCCCACCAGCAGUGCGCUUUGACAACCCUGCACCAAUACCUUCAGGAUCAGCGGCACCUUGGUCCAGAGCAACCCCGCACAGAGCAGCACAACACGGCUCGGAACAGCUCCGAGCCCGGCUCCAGCACCCAGGAACCAGUCCCGUCCAGCAAACGGAGAACGAUCCUACAGGUCGCCAGGGAGAGCAGGUUAACCCGCUUCAUAGGCUUCACUUCAGAGUUAUUAGACCAGGAGCAAAACUGCUUGUCUCGGUUGCAAGAGCCACGCUUCCACGCGGAGGUUAAGCUCAGCAUGGAGCUCAGAAAUCUCUGCGAUCGCAUGGCGACCAGGGAGGAUUGUCUCCAGUUUGAUGCAGAUCUAAAAGCGAUCGAACAAUGUUUGAGAGACAUUGUCAACCAGUUGUCGAUGUCAUUAUCCUCUCAGAGUUCAGGAUCAGACCCGCAGACCAUUCAUGUGCUGCAAAGACUCGUUAAACGGGUCCUGGACAUUUAAAAUCACGAGGAACAGAUGAUCUGUGGAAGGGUCACGAGGACUCGAAACGUCAACUCUUUUCUUCUCCGCCGAUGCUGCCAGACCUGCUGAGUUUUUCCAGGUAAUUCUGUUUUUGUUUUGGAUUUCCAGCAUCCGCAGUUUUUUGUUUUUAGAUCUGCUCCCCUUAUUCGUUCAGGGAUGCGAGCAUCACAGGCGUUGACCAGCAUUUAUCACUGCAGCUGUCCAUGUGGACGAUCGCUUCAUUGUUGUAAUUAUACAACUGGGCAUCGACCAGUUAACUACAUUGCUGUGGAACCAGGUCUUAGAGGCCAGACCGGGUAAGGACGGCAGAUUGUGUUCCCUGAUGGACAUUAGUAAAUCCCACAGCUUCAUGGUCACCUUUACUGGGACCAACCUUUGAUAUCCAGACUUUUUUUUUAAACUGGACUCAAAGCUGCCAGGGUAGGAUUUGAACUCCCACUCUUGAGAUUAUUAAUCCAGCGUCGCUAGUCCUGAAUACAAGCUGCUGCUCUUAUUGUUAAAACACAGAUGGCUGGUACAGUUGGUCAAAGUAUGUAGCGUGCUUCACGUGUGUUUUUUUUCCAUGGGAUGUGGGCAUUGCUGGCAAAGUCAGCAUUUGUUGCCCAUCCCUAUUUGCCCUUGAACUGAAUGACUAUGUCAUUUCAGAGGGCAGCUAAGAGU